AUGAUCGGCAAUCCUUUUGUCGACGACCAUCGCAAGACUGUUGAAGAGAAGGUUCGUGUCUCAUUUAUCGAUGAUGAAAACCCAAUUGCCGAACGACCCGACCUGGGUGAGCUUCCAUCAUUUUUGGACCAAAAUUCUGUGGACCACCUGAAGACCACCCAAGUGGGAUUAAGUCUACGCACUGGUAUAGGUUAUCGCCGUCAUCGGUCAUCCUCGAGGAUUGAAAGGCUUGCUAAGCCGUUGGCUAGGUUUGCAAAACCGUCGAAUCGGCUGAGUGCAGUUUUCCGGGAAACUGAUCACCAGAUUCCGAGGUCCGUAAAAGGUCCUUACGUUGCCAAAGGAAGAAAUCAAGUAGUGCGCCCGCCGCCACGAACCAAAACUACAACUACAGGUGUGUCGCGUGCUGCUUUGAAGUACGAGGCAUCGGACCACAUAAAACGAUUGGCCAAGCACCGCCCAAUGCCGAAAGCGGAUGACCAAAAUAAGUACUUCUCUGUUAAACCAUUAUCACUUGUUUACAAGCCAUCGCUCCGUAUUCAACAACUCUCCAAACCCCGGAUUCGUGAAGAGAAAAUGUGA